GUUUUCCACGUUCCAUGACACCACGGCAUAUGUAGCCUUCUUGCGGAAUGAUGGCAUGUGCGCAUGCUGGCGUGCCAAGGACCAAAUUGGCCUCGAGCACUGCGCAUCGUGCUGGGGCGCAGCUGUUGCCGAGGAUGGAUUGGCACUCUUCGACACUUCUCGUGGCAGGCUCCCAAAGUGGAUUGCUAUGCACUUCUCGGCGUCUCAGAGUCAGCCAGCUUGGAAGAUAUCCGUAAAUCAUAUUUGCAGCGAGCAAAAAACUCUCAUCCAGAUGUUGCCGGUUCAGGCAACGAGAUGGUUCAGCUGAACCUGUGCUACGAAGCCUUGACGCAAAAGCGCAAAGAGUAUGACGCUGCCAAAGGUGUUGCAGGAAAAAGAACAACAUCUAGUUUCGGCACAAAUACUCGAGAAGCUUGGUGGCGCGCACAGGGAGGCUUUGACGAUUUUCAGGACGACUACUAUCCGUUUCACUUUGAAGAGUUUGCAGAACGAAGGUGGCGUCCAAAGAAACAAGCUCCCGAGCGUGAGCCCCGUGAGCAGCGCCGCCCCACAUGGGAAGAGUUUGCUGAGAUGUGGGACGAAAAUGAGUUCCAAGCCCAAGAUGUGCGAGGUCGGCGGAAUCGCAAGCGCUACAGGAGAGGGAAGUAUGCAAUGUACGAAGAGAGCAGUGAUGAGGACGAGUGGACCCCACCACCGCGGGCUCGAGGGCGCAAACAGCGAGAAUCCUUUCACCAGGAGGCGCCAAAUGCUUCCAGUGAAGAGGUGCCGGAGGAGAUGUGGGUAGAGAUCUCUGGCCGGAACUCGCACUGGGCAUCCAUCGGUGGCUCGUUUGCAAAGCUAGAAAAAGCUUUCAACGGCCGGCCGGCUUUUGAAAGGAUGGGCGAGCCAAGCCUCUUCAUGUUCUGGAGCCAACAAUUUGGUGACUGGAAGAUUGCGGAGCGCCUGCAAGAUGACGGUGCUUGUGUUGGCUUUGCUGAAGACAUGAAAGGCCGAAGGAGGCCAUGGCUCCAGCAUCCCACCCUUCGGUGGCGUUUAUGGGACCCAACGGCAAGACGGUUUGUACCGCGGCGUCUAAACAUCGAUGCUUGCGCAGAUGAACCCCCAGGACGCAUCGCGGCCUUCGAGUUCUUUUUCUUUGGCUCUGAACAGACCGAGGCUGAGGACGAUGACGGCUCCGUGCCGUGGUCGCGACCUCAUUGGUCUCAGUGGUCCACCACAGAUUUGAUCCGUUGGUGUGAUCGGCGUAGAAUUGACCUCAGUGGAUGCUUCGACCGCGAGGCUGUAUUGGACCGAGUGAUCCAAAUUGCCAAAGAGGAGAUGGCAGAAGCCGAGAAUGAAAGCAGGCGACCUCUAAACUUGUGCCUAGCACCUUGCUUUUGGGUCUCUCUCUCUCUCUCCCUCCUUUUCUCCCUUUUUUUGGGUGUUUGUCUGAAGGAGGAACAGGAUGGAACCAGCCAUUUCUCGCCAGCUUUACUGAGUCUGACGACCGGUGCGUCUGGCACCUUUUUUGGGACGGUGCGUGUGGCCUCCAGGGUGAAGACGGAUGGCUCCUAUACGAGGCCUCCGACCUUGGACCGUCGCAAUUCAACCUACGGCAACCGCGUCGAACGUUUCAAUGGAGUCGAGUCAGACGUCCUGCCUUGGCUGUACAGCACCGGAGACAAGUCUAGGUUGUACGGUGUGUACUUUGGCAAUGAGUUUGCAUACAGCUUGGUGUGGACAAGGCAAAAGUUCUGGGGCAGACCUGGUUCCAGGUUGAAUCGCUUUGACGAAUGGUGAGAAGCUGAAUUGCUGCGUGGCCUCACAGUGGCAGAGCGUUGG